AAGCACAAUCAGGAAAGGUCAGUAGAUGACCAAAACAAAGAUGGCGGUUCGGACGGAGGAUAAACAUGUUAAAUGUCUCUUUGGGUUGUUUUUUCUUCGUUUCUGUCGGUCUCAACGUCGUUUUUACAAACUCUGGAUUUUUCUGACCUCACUUUUGAACUAACACAGUGAGUUUUUUUGCUGCGUUGUUAGCUCGGAGCUAAAGCGAAACCCGGAAAACAAACGGAAGUAGCUGUUCUCGUUCGAAAACAAACAUCCGCCUGUGUCUGUAACGCGUGUGUUGUGGUGUUAUCUCGUCAGUCCACAUGAAAAAUAAGAUAACUCACGUUUAAUGAAGGGAAUGACUGCUUCAGUUGGAGUUAAUAAAGAAGCAACGAGAUGUAACGACCGAUUAUUACAGCCUGGAAACCGUAAGAAGAAAUGUGCUUGUUUAAAACCUGGGUCCAACACCGACCGAGAGACAAACAUUUACCUUAAAGCUGAGUGACCAUGGGCGUGGUGAACUUUGUGAUAUCCACUGUUGGAAAAUGCUUGGAUGCAGUGUGUUUGCUCUUGGACCUGAACUUUCUCAUCGUCCACACUGUGGUGAGAACCCUCCUUGGGGUUAUGGCUUUUAUCACCAACCUGCCCACCCUCCUGAUGAACUCCGUGCUCCAGCUGGGGAACCUCGUCCUGUUCUCUACCAUGUACAUGGCAGAGGCGACGUCUAACUUAGCCCAAAAUACAGUCACCCUGUUGGGAAGCGUGGCGCUUGCUCUGGAAGGUGUGCUGGAGAGCCUGAAGAUGGUGGGCUACCUGUCCAUGCACGUCCUGCUUCGAGGAAAGGAGCAGCUGUGUCGGGGUCUGCUGUCUGUGUUGGAGGGCUGUGGCAUUGCUGUCAGCCUGGUGGUCUAUUUUACCAACACAGUGGUGAACUUCGCCCUCAUCGCCACCCAGAAUUUCUACCAGGUGGUGGCUGGCGUGUGGCAGACGGUGUCCAGCCCACUGCAGAAGGUCCUGGAGCUCGCUCUCACCUCCAUCACCUUCUUGUACAGCUGCCUCGUCGGCACAUGGACAUUCCUGUUGUCUCCAUGUAAACUGGUUUUGGAUUUCCUGUUUUCCCUUGUGCACAUGUUCAUCUGCAUCUUCAUAUUGAACAUCUACGGCCUCCUGCUCACCGUCACCAUCGCUCUGAUGACCACCGUCUACUUGAACCCGAGGCUGACCCGUCGGGCAGCUGUGCUGAUUGUGGAUUACACAAACUCUAUUGCUUCCCUACGUAGACUUGCUCUGAGUUUUCAGAGGCUCGCAGCCGCCCUGUUGAGAACCCCGGAUUUUUUACGCCGUAGCGUGCAACACGUGCAGAGGAUGCUCCGUCACCUCUACCUGCUGGAGAGAAGGUUUUGGCAGCAGCUGUCUCAGAACAGGAGCCAGCUGAGCCUGGCGUUGCGGUUGCAGCUCUACAGGGACAAUCGGAACAGAGCGAGAGGGGACGGCGACCCCGGAACGGAGAGGCGGGGCCCUCCGGAUGGGCGAGCAGGGGAUGGGACGCGUGGAGAGCAACAGGAUUUAAUUUUGCCCUCGUCGAGCUCCGAUGAGCCUCUAAAGGAGUGUUCUGGCAGAGAUGACAAACCUCUGCCGGCUGAAAAUCUGCUUUCACUACUGAAGGAGCAAGAGGAGAGGAAGAAGUGUGUGAUCUGUCAGGACUGUACCAAGACGGUGGUGCUGCUGCCGUGCAGACACCUCUGCUUGUGUAGAGAGUGUACGGACAUCCUCCUGAGACAACCCAUCUACCAACAGAACUGCCCUCUCUGCCGUCACAUGAUCCUCGACACUAUGGACGUUUAUCUUUAAGGGACUGCUGAGAAAAGAUCUGUGUGUGUGACAGAGAAGAGCCUUACAGCAUUUAUUAAAAAAAAAAAAGAGUGAUAAAUUCUGUGAUGUUUUCUGUUUCAUUUUCUUGAAAAUAGCCUAUAAAAACAUGCCGACUUCCAUGUACAUUUUUGUGUUUGCCCAUAAUUAACGAAGGUGUAAAUCUUUGAUAAAUGUGUUGUUUUAUUUUUCAGAGAUGUUCUGGAGUUUUGGUUCUUAAACAAAACUAUUAGUUGAUUUUUAGUGGGUUAUAACUAGUAGGCGCAACACUUGGUAAGAUACAAAUAUAUGGGUAGUUAUGGGUUAACAUUUCUGGGAUGUUUAGACAGUUUUUUUUUUUUUUGGGUAGGGGGUUUAUUUUGUAAAAUGUAGUUUCAAGUGUUGCAUUUUUGUGAAAGCUGUAGAUAAGUACAGAAGAAGGUGGCCAAUACUAAAUCCAAACAGAUUCUAAAAUCUUCUGUAUAAUAUUUUACUAUUUGGAGUCAGACUUUUUAGAUUGUGAUAGAGUUUCAGCUAUUUGUGAAGACGGAUGUUUCCCAAAGCAGCAAAUCAGUUAUUUCACCAACAACUUGUGCUAAUCUUCACAAACUUCAACUCUGAGCCUUUUUAGUCUUUCAUUUCUGCAGUGUAUUGUGGGGAAACUGAUUUCAGGCUGAAAUCCAUCUGUAAACAGUGGAUUAAAACUCAGCAUUGUAUAUAUUUUAUCUAUAUAACCACAGAUACAUAGUCAGGAUGUGUUCUAUCAUCCUACAUGAAAAAGCAAUCAUAGCUUUGAAUCAACAUGUAUAAAAACUGUACAGUUUUGUAUUUGAAUUGUAGAUAAGUAAUUUGAAUUAUACGUCACUUCCUAACAGCAUCUGAAGCUGUGUUACCACCAUCAGUGCAUCUAUAAAACCCAUUAAGUACAUAAAAGUAUAUUACGCCAAGGAAAGUAAAGCAAUAUAUUCAUACUUAAACUUGAAGUAUUGCUGGACUGACUGUUUUUCUGUACAAAUCAUAAAAUGUAACAUUCAUCUGCAGCCGUGCUUUGUGCUCCACMAACCAGAUUUUUUUAGAAAACAGUGAGCAUUAACAAAGAAUAAGAUUUUUUAGGCGUACAGAAACAUCUCAAACUUUAGUGAGUUUAACAGCYUUAUAGCGUGACUUUUAAUGUUUACCAUCAGAUGAACCGUUUUAAAGACGUUUUAGUUUUGCCACGCUGAGCCUUUUAAUUUGCCGAUGCCCUUCCUCUCUCUCUGAAAUGUUUACAGCUGCUCGUGUCUUUAAAACCGCGUGCCAUUAGUUGGCCGAGCUGGAUCUGCACUGACCAACACUGUUCUUUACGAUGCGUGUAAAAGAUAUAAUCCUUUUUGUUGUAGGUGUGACAACGUGUCAUUUUAUUUGGAUUCUGCUUCUGGAGAUGCGAACCACGCUAACUUUGUAUUUGUGCGUUUAUACACUCUGACCUCAGCUUUGUUUGUUCCAUUUUUAGACCUUUUCCCAGUCUUCCACCUGAUGGGAGUUACUGUCACUACCAACAAAUAAUCCAUACCUGGUUUUCCCUUUCUUUUUGACUUUGUUACCAAACACAUUUCUGGUGUAUAAAAGGACCAAAAAAAAAAAAAAUCUAACAGUUGAAAGUUGCUUUUGGUGCUCAUUUGUUGCUAAUCUGAGCUGAGGUGAUAAUAUUGAUCAUGUUUAAAGUUUACAGGAUUGCAGUGUUUUUGCCAUCUGACAAUGGCCAAGUUUAAUUUUUUUAUUUUGCCAGCUUUAAUUUUUUUCUAAUUGUGUUUUUUUGUUUAAAAGAAAAGAUUUCACAUUUUUUGCAGUGACUGGAGCUGCAGAAAAACCACUUCAACUGAGUUCAUGCUAUACUAGCUCCCUGUAAAUCUGAAUUCAUUGAGAGGAAAGAUGAGGGUUAUUUUAGAGACUGUAAACAUUAAAAAAAAUUCUGCUCUCAGGUAUUUUCUAAACUCCAAUGACCUUUUUUUUUUUUUUUUUUACCAAACUUUGCAGUGGAAAGCUGUAAACUCACAGGACUGUUGUGUUUUUUAUGUAUAAAAACAUGAAUGUCAGAACUUGUUAAAACUGUGAAGGCUGCCAUGUAUGCUGUUCAGAUUCAGAAUAAACCAAAAUACUAUGUUCGAAA